AUGGGCAUCACCAUUCGCGAGGCUCUCGACAAGCUUGACGACCGUCGGGUCAAAGCUACACGCCCUCUCAUCCCUCCGCAGAUACUCCAAGAAGACCUGCCAUUGACUCUCACGGCAGCACAGACCGUCCUUGAGGGUCGUAAGGCUGCCGAAAAUAUCCUACACUCUGACGAUGACCGGCUGCUAGUUGUCGUUGGACCGUGCUCUGUUCACAACGUCGAAUCUGCUUUGGAGUAUGCGCGCAAGCUUCGUGCCUACGCUGCCGAAGCCACGGACGACCUUCAAAUAAUCAUGCGGGUCUACUUCGAGAAGCCGCGGACAACGGUCGGCUGGAAGGGACUCAUCAACGACCCCGAUAUGAACGGCACCUUCCAAAUUAACAGGGGUCUCCGCAUGGCUCGUACAUUACUUCUAGAAGUCGCCAAGAUGGGUCUUCCCGCCGGCUGCGAGUUCCUCGACACCAUUAGCCCACAAUACACUGCAGACCUGGUGUCGUGGGGCGCCAUCGGCGCGCGCACGACGGAAUCGCAAGUACAUCGUGAACUUACGUCUGCGCUUUCCAUGCCCACGGGCUUCAAAAACUCGACGGAUGGCAGCGUUGGCAUCGCCAUCGACGCUUGCCGGGCCGCGAGCAGACCGCACGUCUUCUUGAGCGUGGGCAAAGGCGGUCUUAGCAGCAUUGUCGAAACGGAGGGAAACCCUGACGUUCAUGUCAUCCUGCGUGGUGGGUCGAGUGGGCCAAAUUACGCUGCACAAUACGUCCGCGAUUGUGGUGAGAAGCUCGCCAAAGCAGGCUUCCCGCAGAGAAUCAUGAUCGACUGCAGCCAUGGGAACAGCUCGAAGCAGCAUCGGAAACAAAUUGAGGUUGCAGAAGACAUCGCUCAGCAGCUGGAAUCCGGCGAUACAUCUCUCAUGAUCAUGGGGGUUAUGAUUGAGUCUAAUAUUGUCGAGGGACGCCAGGAUAUUCCUGUCUCAGGGCCUUCCGGAUUGAAGUACGGGCAGUCGGUUACCGACGCAUGCAUCUCCUGGGAACAGACAAUCCCAGUACUUGACCGCCUUCGUGAGGGUGUGCGUGGUAGGCGCAAUCUGGUCAGGGCGAAGGCGAAGGGCCUUGACCUGGCUGCCGUCAAGGUCAACGGUAUCAACGGCGCCAGUGAAGCUCAGAGCGUCAAGGCUAAUGGCGCGAACGGCGUGCAUGCUUGA